AAUGCAUUAAUGUAUUGCCAAAUGUAACGAAGUCGUUGAUUGGAUGAUUUAUUUUAGGCCGACAACUUCCGGUAAAAAGAAAACAAACGAAAAACCACUCAUGUCACAUUUGUAAAAAUGUAUGCAUAUACAGAUGAAGAUGCAGUUGAAAAUUACCAUAGAUCAGUGAGAGACAGAGCAAAUGUAAGUUUGCAUGAACUAGAGGAUAUUUUACAAGGAACUUCACAUCAUACAACACUGCAAUCUCAAGCUAAACACCAGCUAGAAUCUGUGUUACAUCCUCGUACUUUGAAAUGGUAUGAAGAAAAUAAUCGCCCCACAAAGUAUAAAGAUGCAGCUAGUCAACUCAACCAAAUCUUGGGUCAUGAGCCACAGAGGUUGCCACCAUCAGGCAGUCCAGAACAGAGGUCAGGGUUGCCAUCAUCAGAGGAGUUGGCUGUUAUUGUACAAACACAGACAGACUAUAUGUAUCAACUAGAAUCAGAAAAUAGAUACUGCAAGGAUGAGCUGUUUGCAAUGAGAGCUAGAUUGAGUGAGCUGAUUGAAGAGAAUAAACGUCUUCAUGAAGAACUGAAGUCAAGUGUUUUACAAGAAAUCAUGGGAGAUGAUAAAGAAAUACACAAGUUGGAUGAUUUGUUCAUGGAAGAAACAGGAGGAAGAAUCUUUCAGAAAAGAGAAUUAAAAAACAUACAAGUUGAAAUGGAAAGGUUGAACUCUCUACAUGCAGCUAAAUGUAACAGAUUGGAAGUACAGUUAGAACAUUCAAGGUCAGAAAUACAGAAAUAUGAACAGAUGAUUGAAGAUUACAAAUCACAACUCCGUGUUCAUGACUCCAUUCCAACAAGAGAUAAUGGAUUCCUACCUUAUGCUGAUGGUCACAAUUCUUUCCAUGUACAUACUAUAAACUCUUUGACAAGGGAAAGAGAUGAAUUAAUGGAUCAGGUUACCAGUUUAAAGACUCGUGUACAUGAGAUGAACCAUAGAGAGGACGAAGCUUAUGGACAAAUGAAGAAAGGCAUUGAACUGGUAGAACAAGCUCAGCUUGAGCAAACACAGGCAUUAGUACAGAAAGAACAAUUAGCUGAAGAAUUAAACAAUAUGAAAGAGAGGUUUGAUAGGAGUAUUCUUGAUACUCAAGCUAGACUACAUGAGGAGAGAGAAUCAGUCCGUAGAGAAAAUAAACUUCUGGUGGAUGAACUGAAUGCUAAGCUGAGGGAGACUUUAGAAAAGAAUGCAGCAUGGUCCGCAGAGUUAGAGAAGCUGUCUCGAGACAAAGUGGCUCUGAUUGGAGAAUUAGAUGAAACAAAGUUACAACUGAAAAGAUUUGACAAAGAAUCAUCUAUUGCUCAUGACACAUUCAGGCAAGAAUCAACUCAUGCUAGUAUCCAAAAGAGUCAUGCUGUACUAGAACUUAGUAAAACAAAGAAGGCAUUUGAAGAACAUGCGGUAGAGACAAAACAGGAAAAGAGCAGAAUGUCAAUGGAAAUUGAAGAUUUAAGGAGAAGAUUGAAAAAAGCAGAGAGAGAUUUAGUAAAUAGUAAAGAAGAAUGUAUUCAUCUAACUUCAAAUACACAGGCAUUAGAAAGAGAGCUGCAUCUGGCUAAAUUAGCACGAGACAGUAUAGAAAGGGGACGAAAUGAAGAUAUGAAAGCUGUGUCUAUCCGUGCCAAACAGAGAGAAGAACAAUUGGGCAGUUUUAUUGAAGAUGUUGAAGAGAAAAAUGCUAGAACAACACAUGACAUGGAUGUUAUGUUAAAGAAACAAAAUCGUCUGAUUGGAAAGUUGAGGGAGGAAUGUAAACGGCAGACAGCUCAAGUAGAAAAACUAGUCAAGAAAAAUAGGAGUGAGUGUGGUAAUUUACGUACACAAAAUGAUGAGUUACGACAUCGAUUAGAACGAGCUGUAACACAUAUGACCACUUUAGAAGAACAGAGUGAACAACAUGACAGAGUACACAAGAAGAUGACAGAAAGGUUAAAAAUGUUGGAUGACCAUGGCCAAAAUCAGUCACAACAGAUUUUAGAGCUUAUAGCGUGUCAAAGUCAUCUGAUGAAAGACAGACAGUUACUUGUUAGAGAAGUGGAAUUUUUACGCAAGGAAAUCGCCAAAUCAAAUGAAGAAGAUCUUAACAAAUUUUUAUCAUCAAACAAACCUUUAGUAGAUGAAAUUAUAUCAACUGUUAAUUCAGAGGAAAAGGAGGCUUAUUUCUCAGGUCCAAAGGAACGUGUACAUUUCGAUGAAUCUACAAAAACAUGACACCCUAAGGGAACAAAAACAUGAUAGUUUUUAAGAAUAUGACUUAUGAUAAAGUGCAUUUAGGCUUUAAAGAGUGGCGAUUCUGCCCUGAAUUCUAAAAAGAGUUUUUAGUUCUGGCAUGUUCAUCUCAGGCAGAAGUUCUGGUUUAUAUACAUUUUGUAAUUUUGAAUACUUUUCAUGUAAGAAGGUUAGUAUAGAAAUAGAUCUUAAAAGAUGGCUACUCUCUUUGGAAUAUUUUCAUCAGAAUAGUUGAGGUUAAAUUUUAUUUGUGUUUUUAAUUUGAAAUGUAAAUGAAAUACAAAUCAAUUUUCGAUUUUAUAAAAAAGAA